CUCUUAUCAUCCUCUCCCGGAAAUGCGCUAAAGGAGGAACCUGUCUUUUAUUCGCACUAAAAUUCUCUUCUGAUUUCUCGAGGAGAAAUAGGAAAAAAGAAAAAAGAAAAAAUAUUUCCUAUGAAAACUCUGACUCUCUCCCUAGCCACGUCUUCUCCUCUAUAUAGCUCUCUCUACUCCACCACGCAGUGUCUUGCGCCUCUUAUUUCUAUGUCCAGAAAUUUUCUGGGAUCGCCAUUUGUACUCCAGAAGCCAAUUUUCAAGCCAUUCAAGAACCCGGCGUUCACCAUGUCAGCUUGCGUGCACUCUUCAAGAACGGAAGCUCCUCCGCAGAAGAGCAAUCAAGAGAUCGAUGACCAUUUGUUCGAUAGUUAUGUGAAAUACUACAGGCCCAAUUUCCCUGACCUUGUUCCUCGCGUGCCCGGUUCCAAGAAAGGUUCCAAGGGCUUCCACACGCAGACACAAACUGUUGUGGAUGAAAAUAGCGAGAGCCCGGAUGAAAAGGUUGAUGAUUUGUGGCUGCAGAUGAAGGAUGAGGCCAGGUUAGAUGUUGAGCAGGAACCCAUAUUGUCGAAUUAUUAUUUUAGUUCAAUUCUGUCUCAUGAUUCCAUGGAGAGUGCUCUAGCUAAUUAUCUCUCGAUGAAAUUGAGCAAUUCUAGCCUCCCUAGUGGGACCCUUUAUGAUCUUUUCUUGGGGGUCCUCACGGAGGAUCAAGAAAUUAUGAGGGCAGUCACUGAUGAUUUGAGGGCGGUUAAGGAGAGGGACCCUGCUUGUAUUAGUUAUGUGCAUUGUUUCUUGAAUUUUAAAGGAUUUUUGGCGUGCCAGGCUCAUAGGAUAGCACAUAAGUUGUGGUCCAAGGACAGGAAAAUCUUGGCGCUUUUGAUACAAAAUAGGGUUUCAGAAGUCCUUGCAGUGGAUAUUCACCCGGGGGCGAAAAUUGGAAGAGGGAUUUUGUUUGAUCAUGCUACUGGAGUUGUGGUCGGAGAAACUGCUGUAAUUGGUAACAACGUGUCGAUUUUACACAAUGUGACAUUGGGUGGCACUGGUAAGGUCUCUGGAGACCGGCACCCGAAAAUUGGUAACGGUGUUCUGAUUGGGGCAGGUACUUGUGUUCUGGGAAAUGUUAGAAUUGAAGACGGGGCUAAGGUUGGUGCAGGGUCUGUUGUGCUGAAACAGAUCCCUGCUCGAACUACUGCAGUUGGGAAUCCUGCUAGAUUGAUUGGAGGGAAGGAGAAUCCGGUUAAGCUGGAUAAGAUUCCUAGUUUGACGAUGGACCACACUUCGCAUAUAUCUGAGUGGUCUGACUAUGUCAUUUAAAGUUUAUAUGUUUGUCCCUGGACAGUGUUAAAUAGAUUGUAGGACCUCGAGGGUGUCGUUUAUGCUCUUCAGAGAGAACCUAAGUUCUCCUACUAGCAGAGAUGUAUCCUCUUGUUAUGUACUCUGUUGAAUAAGCCUCCAUUGGGCUCUCUAGUUCUGUAUUACCUGUUUCAUUCUCCGCGAAGAAUGGACAGCCAUAUGUAGUAAUUUAGUGAUCUAAUGGAUAUUGAGCUCCCUCUUUC